AUGGGGCUGACGUAUGGACCCAAUUUAAGGCUUUUAGAUUUUGUCCUGGGUGGUAAUACACUAAAUUUUAAUUGCAAGAGUGGCAUCAUCAAGACUGCCGGAGCCCGGAGUGGGCUGAACGCUGCAAACCAAAGCCCUGCGGCGGCCACGGGUGAUGGAGAAGGGGGCCACCGUGCAGAGGUGAGCCGCUCGGAUGCCGGCUCAGCAGCCGCAGAUGUGACGGGCGCGCUAGAACCAGUUGGCUUGGAUGCAGCUGGCAAGACCACAAUCCUGUACAAACUGAAGUUGGGGGAGAUUGUCACCACCAUUCCCACCAUAGGCUUCAACGUGGAAACAGUGGAAUACAAGAACAUCUGUUUCACGGUCUGGGACGUGGGAGGCCAGGACAAGAUUCGGCCUCUGUGGAGGCACUACUUUCAGAACACUCAGGGUCUCAUCUUCGUGGUGGACAGUAAUGACCGGGAGCGGGUCCAGGAGUCGGCUGAUGAACUUCAGAAGAUGCUGCAGGAGGAUGAGCUGCGGGAUGCGGUGCUGCUGGUCUUUGCCAACAAGCAGGACAUGCCCAACGCCAUGCCCGUGAGCGAGCUGACCGACAAGCUGGGCCUGCAGCACUUGCGCAGUCGCACGUGGUACGUCCAGGCCACCUGUGCCACCCAAGGCACAGGCCUAUACGAUGGGCUGGACUGGCUGUCCCAUGAGCUGUCUAAGCGCUAACCAACCAGGGGCCGGCCCCUGCUGCCCGGAAGCCCCCGCGUGCAUCCCCGGGAUCACCAGACUCCCGGACUCCUCAGGCAGUGCCCUGCCCUCCUGCUCCUCCUCCCACAGACACAGGCCUCUGCUCCUGCCCCUCCUGCCUGCAUGUUCUCUCUGUUGUUGGAGCCUGGAGCCUUGCUCUCCGGGCACAGAGGGGUCCACUCUCCUGCCUGCUGGGACCUGUGGAAGGGGCUUUUAGGACCGAGACCCUUUCUUCCAGAGGAGGAGCAGGGACCUGGGUUUACUUUUGUUUGUUCCAUUUUGGGCAUACCCUUGGGGCCAGGUGGGAGGGGAGGGGGGCUCCGGGUGGUGCUAAGAUAUGGCACUGGAUAUUGAGUAAUAAAUUUGCUGUGGUUUGUACAUGA